AACCCAAACCGGCUGUUAUGGCAUUUCAAAGCUUCCCCCUGCUCGGCCUGCUUAUCCUUGUCGACUUGCUGGGUCGAUCUGGGGGUGCUGCACUGAGUAAUGAUUCCUCAACUUCACUAAACCGAUACAGUUUUCCAGCAGGCUUUGUUUUUGGGGCGGCAUCAGCUUCUUAUCAGUUUGAAGGUGCAGCUAAACAAGGUGGUAAAGGCCCCAGUAUAUGGGAUACUUUCACUCACAAAUAUCCAGGCAAAAUAGCAGACCGAAGUAAUGGAGACGUAGCCAUUGAUUUUUAUCAUCGUUACAAGGGGGACGUGGGAAUAAUGAAGGAAAUGGGCUUAGACGCCUUCAGGUUCUCCAUCUCCUGGCCUAGAAUAUUGCCACAUGGGAAACUAAGUGGAGGAGUGAACAGGGAAGGCAUCAGAUUCUACAACAAUCUCAUCGACGAGCUUCUCUCCCACGGUUUGCAGCCAUACGUGACCCUCUUUCAUUGGGAUCUUCCCCAAGCACUUGAAGAUGAAUACGGAGGUUUCUUAAAUACUAAAAUUGUCGAUGACUUCCGUGAUUACGCGGAAAUCUGCUUCCGAGAGUUCGGUGAUCGGGUGAAGAGCUGGAUCACCUUCAAUGAGCCAUGGACCUUUAGCAAUGGUGGGUACAGCAUGGACACUUUAGCCCCUGGCCGAUGUUCUCCAUGGGUGAGCUUAAGCUGCACCGGUGGGAAUUCAGGCACGGAGCCAUACCUGGUGGCUCACAACCAACUCCUUGCUCAUGCAGCAGCAGUGAAAGCAUACAAAGACAAGUAUCAGGCGUCUCAAGAGGGCAAGAUUGGAAUAACGUUGGUGUCACAUUGGUUUGUGCCCUACUCCAAUGACAAGGCAAGCAUCCAGGCUGCUCAACGAGCUAUUGAUUUCAUGUUUGGCUGGCUUUUGCAUCCAUUAACCUAUGGGGACUAUCCAGAGAGCAUGCGAUCUCUUGUUGGAAAACGGUUGCCGAAAUUAACCCCAGAGCAAUCCAUGGCAGUAAAAGGAUCAUUUGAUUUCCUUGGGUUAAAUUAUUAUACUGCCAAUUAUGCAGCUAAUGUCCUCUCCUUCAAUUCUGUUAACAUAAGCUAUAAUACAGAUUCUCAUGUUAAUUUGUCAACUACACGGAAGGGUGCCUUAAUUGGUAAACAGGCUGGUUCAAGUUGGCUCUUUGUGUACCCACGGGGAAUACACGACCUGUUACUUUAUGUAAAGAAACAAUACAAAGAUCCGGUGAUUUAUAUUACAGAGAAUGGGGUGUCGGAGAAGGAUGAUAGCUCGUUGACAUUGAAGGAAGCGCUGGUGGAUAACUUGAGAAUAGAAUAUUAUCAAAGCCAUCUUUCUUUUGUUCAAAAAGCCAUUAAGAAAGGUGUAAAUGUGAAGGGAUACUUUGCGCGGUCGCUUAUGGACAACUUCGAAUGGAGCGAUGGUUACUCAGUUCGUUUUGGUAUUAACUACAUAGACUACAAGAAUGGGCUGAAGAGAUACCCAAAGCACUCAGCUUAUUGGUUCAAAAAAUUCCUCCAACGCUAGGUUAAAGACAUGUUCUCAGUCCAUCCCAUGCAUCAUCUUGCCAAAUAUAAAACUGGUUUUUGUACUAAGUAAAUAAGCAUGGGAUCUUCUCUUAUUUAACUUUAAUUAGCUUUUUAUGUUUAAAGUUGUGAGCCUAGAUUGCACCUCCUCUUCAUCAUUAUUAGAUGGGGAAAAUAAAUAACAAGUGCAUACAUCCUUGCACAUACUUUCUAGGUCAACUUGAGUUCUGUGGAAGCAAGAGGCAGGAGUCCUUUCUUCUUCGUUUAAUACAAGAAAACUGAUUUUUUACCCGCA